GUGUUACCAGACUAUGAACUCGUCCUACAUAUGGAAGACAAUGAGGCAGAUUUACCCGUUGCGUUGGACCGACUGUACGUUGAGCUCCUCGGCAAGCCCCCAACCAAAGUAGCAAUACUCGGACCUCUAUUAUCUAAAGUUGCUGAGACAGUGGCGCAGGUAAUUGGCCGAUGGAAUUGUGUCGAGAUUACCCCCGGUGGAUCCAGCUCUGUUUUCUCCAAUCGAGAUAGAUAUCCACACAUCUACCGUAUCCUCACCUCGGCAUCAUUAUUUGGCUCAGCUCAAGCCGCAAUUAUCAACCAGUUCGGCUGGACUAGGAUUGCUACCCUCAACGAAGCAGUAGAACCACAUAAGGGGAGGAUUAAGCAACUUCACGAUGAAUCAGCGCAGAGCAGUUUUUCUAUAGUAAGCUCAGAGACAUUUAUCACUGAUCCGGAAGAUGCCCUGAAACGGUUGAAGGAUAUAGAUGUGAGAAUCAUAGCAACCGCUUUCUACGAAGGGAAGGUUCGGAAAGUAUUCUGCACUGCUUAUAAAUUGGGGAUGUACGGUCCGGAUUACGUUUGGAUGAUAUUGGGUCUUUACAUGAACGGUUGGCAAUAUGUCGAAGACGAGAUGAUCUCUUGCACAACUGAGGAACUCUUGACCGCGACUGAGGGGUACUUAGCGAUUACAUUCAGUUUCUAUGGACAAGAGAAAGAUGUGGGGCGAAGUGGACAGACACCAGCAGAAUUCCGGAAAGAUAUGUCCGACCUACUCGGCUACAACAUCACCGUGACCGAUCCAACCUACGCAGCCAAUUGUUACGAUGCAAUAUGGGCAUUAGCCCUGGCCUUUGAUAUGGCGGAACCAUUGCUUUCAAAGAGUCUGGAUUCAUACGAGUAUCAUGACGAGGAAUACGCCAAUGUAGUCGGCCAGUGUAUUUUAAACCAGACGUUUGCUGGAAUGUCAGGGUAUGUGAGUUUUCAUGAAACUGGAUACAGAAUUGGUAAUCUGCUGAUAGAGCAGAACAUUGCGGGCACAGAAACUCACAUUGGCACAUUUGACACUGCUGCAAUUGAGAUCACGUGGUCUAUCCCUGCCGAAGAUAUUUGGUACUACAAUGAUGGAAAACCCCCACAUGAUUCCGACAUUACAGUUGUAAUCUUUGACCUUCAAGCCACGCCCCGUCCCACCCUGAUGGUAAUGUCUGUGUUAGCUGUCCUUGGAACGGUUCUUGCUGUUUUGUUCCUCGGGUUCAACAUAUGGAAACGUCAACACAAACAAGUCAAGAUGUCAAGUCCACAAGUGAAUAAUCUAAUAGCUUGUGGCUUUAUAUUUGCAUACCUCAGUGUGGUGCUCCUAGGCAUUGACAACUCUAUGGUGGAUAAGGACAUGCUGGUAUCAAUUUGUGUGUUUCGUACUUGGAUCAUCUCACUGGGUUUUACAUUAUCCUUUGGCGGGAUGUUCACCAAGAUGUGGCGUGUGUAUAGCAUCGUUAUCGCUAACAAGACUAAGAGAAAGGUAAUAAAAGAUCGAUUUCUGUUUGCUGUCAUUGCUGUGCUACUUUUGGUUGACUUAGCAAUCCUCAUCCCGUGGCAGGUAGCCAAUCCGAUGCGUAUUGAAGACAGACGAGAACCAGUUGUGCAGACGGAAGAACAUCUUUCCAAAAAAGAAAAGCACGUCUUGCUUUACGUCAACUGUACGUCCGAAAACAGCACUGUGUGGACCACGGCUAUACUCAUCUACAAGACAUUUAUUGUGGUAUUUGGUGCAUUUCUUGCUUGGUCUACAAGAAACAUCAACGUGCCUGGUCUGAAUGACAGUUAUUACGUAGGGCUGUCAAUCUACAACACCGUCAUCUGCUGUGUCGUUGCUGUGCCGUUAUCGUUCCUUACAGCGUCAUCCAUCGGCGUGACCUUUGCCCUCGUGUCCGUUUUUCUGCUUUUCUGCAUAACAGCUUCACUCUGUAUGCUGUUCUUUCCAAAGGUCAUUGCCGUGUAUCGUCCGAAUGAAGUAGCGGGAACACCUGGAACGGGAAUAAUGAUUGGUACAGCAUCAGCUCCGAGUGGUAAUUCAAUGUGACACCAUCUGAGUAUGAUGCUGCAGAUGCUGUAAAAUAGUCAGCGUUGUUUAAAGGCAGUGGACACUAUUGGUAAUGACUCAAAAUAA